UGCCCCGAGGGUCUGUGGCGUCGCAGGUGCCGCGGCAGCCCUGGCCAUGAGGACUCUGUGGAUGGCGCUGUGCGCGUUGGCGCGGCUGUGGCCCGGGGCCUUGGCCGGCUGCGCCGAGGCCGGGCGCUGCUGCCCUGGUCGGGACCCAGCCUGCUUCGUCCGCGGCUGGAGGCUGGACAGGGUCUACGGGACUUGCUUCUGCGACCAAGCCUGCCGCCUCACCGGGGACUGCUGCUUCGACUACUCCAGGGCGUGCCCAGCCCGGCCGUGCUUCGUGGGGGAGUGGAGCCGCUGGAGUGGCUGCGCGGGCCAGUGCCGGCCAACGACGCGCGUGCGCAGACGCGCGGUGCGGCAGGAGCCGCAGAACGGCGGGGCGCCCUGCCCGCCGCUGGAGGAGAGAGCCGGCUGCCUGGAGUACUCCACGUCGCGGGGCCGGGACUGCGGGCACGCCUUCGUCCCUGCCUUUAUAACUACCUCUGCAUUCAACAAGGAGAGAACAAGACAAGUUGCGUCUCCACAGUGGUCUACCCACACAGAGGAUGCCGGAUACUGUAUGGAGUUCAAGACGGAGUCCCUGACUCCUCACUGUGCUCUGGAAAACCGGCCCCUGACUCGGUGGAUGCAGUAUCUCCGGGAGGGAUACACGGUGUGUGUGGACUGUCAACCUCCAGCUAUGAAUGCUGUGAGCCUUCGUUGUUCGGGAGAUGGCCUGGACUCUGAUGGAAAUGAAACUCUCUACUGGCAAGCUAUUGGCAAUCCUCGGUGUCAAGGAACCUGGAAAAAAGUCCGGCGAGUAGACCAGUGCUCAUGUCCAGCUGUGCACAGUUUCAUUUUUAUAUAGAUUGCCAAGAAAUUUCAAAAUUUGUUUCAAAAUAUGUUUGUAAACAUGCUAGAUAUUGUUAAAUUGUGU